AAUAUGUUCUUGGUGAUCCAAGUAUGUGUAUAAAUAGACAUCCUCCUCAACCAAAUAACAUCACUGCAAACUUCCUACUACUAUCUAAUUAGUAAUCUCCAAGUUCAUCAGUCUACCUCACUAAGCAACAAAAUGGCUCAACAAGUCGCCCAGAAGCAUAUGGUUGAACAAUACGGACCUUAUGGUUCUCAAUGUCCAGAAAACUACAGCUUUAAACUUCAAGAAGGUGAAACUAUCAAGGAAGUCAUCGUAAGAUAUGGCUACAUUGUUGAUGCUAUUGGCUUCGUCGUAGCCAAGCCUUGUGGAGGUACCUACACCAAGAUGUUUGGUGGCAACGAUUGUCGUGCCAAGGAGUCAAGGAUUGCACUCAAGUGUGGUGAAAAGAUAACUCAGAUUUCCGGCACAUACGGAAACUACAAGUACCAGAACAAUCAAUGCACUAUUGCUACGUUGAAGAUCCACACCAACUUAUGCCCAACUGGUUAUGGACCAUAUGGACAAGGAAAUGGAGUCGAUUGCCCACGUGCUUUUGCAUCGCCAUGCCCAAUUGAUGGCCCUGUUGUUGGAGUGUUUGGAAGGCACAACAACUACCUCGAGUCUGUUGGGAUUUUCGUCCAGAAGAAGGAUUGCCCAUGCGCUUAAGCUCUCAGACAACAAAUAUGAAGUUGUAACGUGAAUUUUCUUUGUUUUCAAUAAGCCACUAUAUCUACUAAGUAUAAAGUGGUCUCUCAAGAGUGAUUUGUAAUAAUAAUCAUGAUCUUGAGUGAAUGUGUUGUAUCGUUCUUCGUUUAACGUACUAGACUAUAAUAUAUUUAUAUAUCUGGUCUAGCUUGUUGUCUUUUCA